GCCCCGCCGCCUCCCGCGCUCGGCCGCCGCAGCCUCGUCGCCGGCCCUGCCAUGUCCUGGGCCGUGGUCUUCGGCCUUCUGGCCGCGCUGCUGCUGCUGCUGCUGCUGACCCGCCGGCGCACGCGGCGACCUGGUGAGCCUCCCCUGGACCUGGGCAGUAUCCCCUGGUUGGGCCAUGCCUUGGAGUUUGGAAAAGAUGCUGCCAGCUUCCUCACUAGGAUGAAGGAGAAGCAUGGUGAUAUCUUUACUGUGCUGGUGGGGGGCAGGUAUGUCACUGUCCUCCUGGACCCACACUCCUAUGACAUGGUGGUGUGGGAGCCUCGCACCAGACUGGACUUCCACGCCUACGCUGUCUUCCUCAUGGAGAGGAUUUUUGAUGUGCAGCUUCCGCAUUACAGCCCCAGUGAUGAAAAGUCCAAGAUGAAACCGACUCUCCUCCACAGGGAACUCCAGGCACUCACGGAGGCCAUGUACACCAACCUCCACACUCUCUUGCUGGGCGACACCGCGGAAGCAGGCAGUGGCUGGCGUGAGAUGGGUCUCCUCGAUUUCUCCUACAGCUUCCUACUCCGAGCUGGCUACCUGACUCUGUAUGGUGUCCAGGCCCCACCGCACACCCAGGAGAGCCAGGCCCAGGACCGCGUCCACUCAGCCGACGUCUUCCAUACCUUCCGCCAGCUUGACCUGAUGCUCCCCAAACUGGCACGUGGCUCACUGUCAGUGGGGGAUAAGGACCGGGUAUGCAAGAUCAAAGGUCACCUGUGGAAGCUGCUGUCCCCAGCCAGGCUGGCCACCCGGGCCCACCGGAGCAAAUGGCUGGAGAGUUACCUGCUGCACCUGGAGGAGAUGGGCGUGUCGGAGGAGAUGCGGGCGCGGGCGCUGGUGCUGCAGCUCUGGGCCACACAGGGGAACAUGGGGCCUGCUGCCUUCUGGCUCCUGCUCUUCCUCCUCAAGAAUCCCGAGGCCCUGGCUGCCGUCCGUGCGGAGCUCGAGCCUGUCCUCUCUCGAGCGGAGCCGUCCGUGUCGCAGAUGACUGCCCUCCCACAGAAGGUUUUGGACAGCACGCCUGUGCUUGACAGCGUGCUGAGUGAGAGCCUCAGGCUCACCGCUGCACCCUUCAUCACCCGCGAGGUCGUGGUGGACCUGGCCUUGCGCAUGGCAGAUGGGCGGGAAUUCUCCCUGCGACGUGGUGACCGCCUCCUCCUCUUCCCCUUCCUGAGUCCCCAGAAGGACCCAGAAAUCUACACAGACCCAGAGGUAUUUAAGUACAACCGAUUCCUGAACCCUGAUGGAUCAGAGAAGAAAGACUUUUACAAGGAUGGGAAGCGACUGAAGAACUACAGCAUGCCGUGGGGAGCGGGGCACAACCAGUGCCUGGGCAGGGCUUACGCCACCAGCAGCAUCAAACAAUUCGUGUUCCUCGUGCUGCUGCACUUUGACCUGGAGCUGAUCAGUCCGGAUGUGGAGAUCCCUGAGUUUGACCUCAGCAGGUACGGCUUUGGGCUGAUGCAGCCAGAACACGACGUGCCCAUCCGUUACCGCACCCGGCCGUGAGCUCCGGGGCAGACGGGGCUCCGCGGGUGCGCGCCUCCACCCAGCCCACCGCCCAUUGCCCAACUUUCUGUGCCUGCGUUGGGCCUGGGUGCAGAGCUUUGAACACCCAACAGUGCCACCAUUACUCCUUCCCUGUUGUUUUGUUUUGUUUUCCUGGAAGGCUGUGUCUGGGGGAGGGGAAAGAAGGGAAGCUGACAGAAGGGGGACAAAGACACCCAGAGCUCUACAGAUUAUCUGCUGCAAAGGUUUAGUUUCAAAAUGAGGCUCUUUCUGCUGCCAGCGCCCCCUUGCUCCUCUCACCUUUAGGAUAUCUGCUAAAGUGAGGGCAGACAGGGCAAAACGAGACCUCACUGCUCUGCCCUCAGCCCCUGAGGGGCCGCCGUCCAAGCCCCUGACAAUGGUGUGGUUCAGGGCUUAACCAGUCAAAGCAGAUGCUGGCCAGGAAAAGGCCAUUCAGGGCCUAGCAGUGUGUCUGUUGAAAUAAACUCUGUCCCAAAAUUCUUAUUAAACUGCCUAAAGCCAAGGAAUCCCUUAGGUUCUGCUUUCCUAGGUGCCCCAUUCGCUAGACACUUCCUGCUUCUCUCUAUUCACACUGAUCCUUGAGAAGACACGGGAGGGUGUCCCGAGGCUGGUGCACCCACAGUGCAGGGCGGGAGCGCCCGCCAGAUGCUGGGCUCUGAGCAGCCGACUUCUCUGCACUAGAGUUUCGGGUUUCAGAGGGGAUGGAUUUUCCCAGUGCUGGGACUCCAGCAGGGAAUUAGCAAGACACAGUCCAGAUGGGAUGGCCCCCGUGAAAGGAAGCAGCCAGGGCUCCUGGGACUGGUCAAACCAAAACAGAAAGAGGACGUAUUGGCUUCCUACACUCUAGCCCAGACGCUCCAGCUGUGGACACCCUGCAGACUGCAGACCUGUUCUGUGUGGCCUACACUUACAAAAAUUACGUCGCUAUUAUCUUAUCACCUUUGGGAAAGUUGAUUCAAAAUGUCCAGCUUCUCUUGAAAACUGGAAAGAUCUGUCCACACUGGGCAUAUUCCCAAGGACAACCAUGGACCAGAGCUGAGUAGCAGCUGCCUCCCUCAUCUGGGGCAGUGCGCUCUGGUUCAUCAGGACCUUUACUUGAUCUGCUUCUCCAUUCAUGGUACCUCCUGUUCCUCCAAAAGCACUCAUGUUUGAGAACCCUGUUCCCACUGUUAGAGGUGAUAUUGUAGGAGGUGGUGGGAACCUGCUAAUUGAUCCUCAGACCAAUGGAUCCUAUCCUAAGUGUACUCCCACCUUGAUCAAAAAGAUCAAUGAUGAAAACUUGCUUCUGUUUUACGGGGGAAAAAAACAGAUCAAAAGAAAAAUUACCUGGAAACCUUUAUAUGAUGCUAAGUAUUACUAAUAUUAGGUCCUGUUCAUUGAGGACACUCUAAAUGCCUGUGACAGGAACAGCAGACACAGUAUUUCUACUUUGUCAUAUCACCUCUGUGAAGAGAGGAUUUAUGGAUGAGGAAAUGGGCUCAGAGAGGUGAAGUGACUUGCCCAGGGUCACACAGCUUGUAAACUGUUAGAAUUCUGCAAACAGACUUACUGUCAGUCGCAAAUGCUAGAUGGGCAGCUCUGUGCUCCAUGGGCUCAAGGAGGUGGUGGAGGGGCCGUUCUGCUUGGUGUCAGGGAGCCGACAGAGCCAGAGGCACCUAUAAGUGGAUGCAUCCCAUGAGACGUAGACACACAUACACACACAUAGCCGGGACCCUGUAGCUUUGGCUGGAGGGAGGAGAGAGGACCUGAGAUCUCUGAAUGUUCCAGGGUCUUGUCUCUUCUUGGAGUAGCACGGGGGCUUGGGGGUUUCCCUGGCCUUCAGCCUCCAGGUGGCCUCAGGAUUCCCAGACAGAUGCUAUGAUUGGCAGGAGGCAGGAUAUCCCCAGGGAAACCCAUCUUCACGCCUGGGUGACCCCCGCUGCUGCCUGCUUCUUAACUCUGCAGGAAAUCAGGGCUGGCAGCCUCCUGUGGGAGGAUGGAGCCGGUUUCCAUGGCAACCCUCAGCUGCCUCAUCCUGGCUUGGAAGGGAAGGAAGGAGGCCAGCAGAAAUAGCUCCAGGAAGAUCUCUUGUGCGUGGCUGCUACCCUGAUGUGCUGGGGAAAAGCCCUCUGACUUCCCCUCCCAAAUCAGGGCUGCUUUGUCACUGAGACUACAGUCUCACUGAUGUUCAGAAAAGGGCCUGUUCUUUUUAAAGGUGGCACUUCCUUGGAGCCACAAUCGUAAGGAAGAGACGAGACGAUUCUCCCACCAGGCAGCUCCAGUUCGUACUGGAGAUAUUGAAGUAUAGUUUGGGAGAUGAAGCUUUAAACCCACCCUUGUUUUAAUCUUUAUUAACUUUCUUUUCUUUUUUCUCCUUUUAAAAACUAUAAGUUAUGGAGAAAGAGGGAGAGAUGAGUGGGUUAGCCCCUUGGAUCUGGUUACUUAGAGGAAGGUACCCAGACACCAUUGUAUUUCUUCAUACCUGCUUUAGAAUCACAAAAUUGCAGAACAUACAUUAGAAGCCCUCAUAGGUUGAUCUAAUGCAGUGUUUCUUUACCAUUGUCAUGAUUAUUAUUUUUUGCUGUAUUUUGUAUUGUUGUUUAUCAGACAUUUUCCUUUAAACACUCUUUUUCAACUUAAAUAUGUUUAAAAAGGGAACUUUUUCCACUGCCGGUAACUGACAACAUGUAUCACUUGCUGCCAAAAAUAGAAGGUGACUGUGAAAAAUAAAUCUGCUGGGGAGGGGUCCUCCAUGAGGAGUCACCAAGGCUCAGAGCCUGAGAUCUGUCUCUUCUCUGAUACAAAAUGAAACAAGUGUUUCAGUCGUGUUAAAGCCGCGCCAGCACCACCCUGAGACUUUAUCCUUGACAAUCACGGGGUGGAAGGGACAGGAAGAGGAGUACGCUGCCCACCUCUUGGGUGUGCAUUACACGUGGUGCAAGGGCCAUCCAGGGUCAUCUCCUCCCAUCAGUGGGUCCCGCCCACAAUGAGCUGGUGACUUCCUACCUGCCCAUUCUCCAGAUGGAGAAACAGGCUCUGAGAGUUGAACUGUCUUGCCCAGUGCCAUUGAUUUGGAUGUUUAUUGGUUUGUUUUUUUUAAAGACAGUGUUUUGUGAGUAGCAGUGAUUGUUCCGCCUUGCUAUUUUAAUAAAGAGUUCUAUUUUCAUAAA